CCAAAAAUUAGAAAAAAACACUAAUAACAAAAAUAAGGAGGAGCGCCACCUCUUCAUUCAUACCCCCAUCACUUUCCUCGCUUCCCCAUUGCUUUCAUCGUUUUCUCUUUCUCUCUCUCUCUCUUUCCAUAUAUCCCCACAAUAUAAACCCUUCAUUUUCCCUAUAAAUUACACAUCAGCCACCGUUCAUCGGCGAAUUCCCGGCGCUCCGAUUUUACCCUCGAAGAUCCGAAAGAGUAACUUAGAAGAAGUGUCUAGAAAGGCGACGAGCUGUUGCUCCGAUUUCUGUAAUCCCGAUUUUACCCUCGGAAAUCCGUAGAACUGAAUAGUAGAAAGAAGGUCAAUUUAGGAGUUUCACAAAAUUGACACUGCGGUAGAAAAGAAGGAUAUAGAUAACGAGGAGUUACCGGUGGUUCAGUUUGGUAAUUCCGAUUUACCCUCGAAGAUCCGUUUUGUGGUGGAGAACUGAAUAGUAGAAAGAAGGUCAAUUUAUGAAUUUCAGAAAAUUGAUACUGCGGUAGAAAAGAAGGAUAUAGAUAACGAGGAGUUGCCGGUGGUUCAGUUUUUGUAAUUCCGAUUUUACCCUCGAAGAUCCACUUUGUGGUGAAGAACCGAGUAGCAGAAGAGUCUAGAAAGAAGAAAUGAAUAGCAACGAGGAGUUGUUGUUGCUCUGAAUUGUGUAAUUCCCAUUUUACCCUCGAAGCUUUUUGGUUGCUCCAAUUUCUGUUAUUCUGAUUUUACUUUCAUUUGGUGGUGAAGAACUGAAUUCUAGAAGACUCUAAAAAGAAACAAAUAGGAAAGAAGAAGGAUAUAGACAACGAGGAAUUGCUGUUGCUCUGAUUUCUGUAAUUCCGAUUUCACCCUCGAAGAUCCAUUUGGUGGUGAAGAACUGAAUAGUAGAAGACUAGAAAGGAAACGAAUAGCAACGAAGAAGGGAUAUAGAUAACGAGGAGUUGCUGUUGCUCUGAUUUCUGGAACUCCGGUUUUACCCUCGAGAUCCUUUUGGUGGUGAAUACGUGAACAGUAGAAGACUAUUGAUAAAGCGGAGUUACUUUCUGUAAUUCCGAUUUUACCCUCGGAGAUCCUUUUGGUGGUGAAGAAGUGAAUAGAAGAGUGUAGAAAGGUGGCGAGGAGAAAGAUGAUGGUCAAGUUAGGGUUUUCACAAGUUUGAUGGAUGGAUGAUCGAUAUGCCUCAACUGCGUAGUGGAGUACGUAGAGGCCGUCGUCGUGCAAUUGAACCAGAAGAAGAAAACAAUAACAACAACGUUAACGAUAACAAGAGGAUAACGAGGAGAAAUACUGCUGCAAAGAAUACUAGGCAGAGAGGAGGUGCUGGGAAAAUAGUUGGAGGAAGGAAUAGUAAUAAGAACAAGGAGGUUGUACCAGUAGUUGAUGAGAUUGCUGUGAAGAAAACAGCGAUUGACAUAGCGGAUAAGGAUAAGGAAGUAGAGAAGGCGAAGGAGGAAGAGGUAGGAGAAAAAGAGAUGGAUGAAUAUGAUAGUGGUGGACAGAGUGGUGAUAAGGGUUUGGGUGCUGAAGAUGAAGGAAGCACUGCUCCAUUGCCUGAAAGGGUCCAGGUUGGUGGAUCGCCAGCAUAUAGGAUUGACAGGAAACUUGGUAAAGGAGGAUUUGGUCAAGUUUAUGUAGGUCGUCGUGCGAACCCACCAAAUCCACAUGAAAGAACUGGCCCUGGAGCAGUAGAGGUUGCCUUGAAAUUUGAGCAUAGAAGCAGCAAAGGUUGUAACCAUGGACCACCUUAUGAGUGGCAGGUCUACAAUGCUCUUGGUGGCAGUCAUGGUAUACCACGUGUUCAUUACAAGGGACGUCAAGGUGAUUACUAUAUUAUGGUUAUGGAUAUGCUUGGUCCUAGUUUAUGGGAUGUCUGGAACAAUAAUUCCCACACGAUGUCUAUUGAAAUGGUAGCAUGCAUUGCUAUUGAAGCGAUCUCCAUCCUAGAGAAAUUGCACUCCAGAGGGUAUGUGCAUGGAGAUGUAAAGCCCGAAAACUUUCUUCUUGGAACCCCCGGAACUCCUGAUGAGAAAAAAUUGUUUCUUGUUGACCUUGGAUUAGCAACAAGGUGGCGUGAUACUUCUACUGGCUUACAUGUCGAGUAUGAUCAACGGCCUGAUAUCUUUAGAGGAACUGUAAGGUAUGCUAGUGUGCAUGCUCACCUGGGAAGGACUGGAAGCCGGAGGGAUGAUUUAGAGUCACUGGCUUACACUCUCAUCUUCCUUCUCCGAGGCCGGCUGCCUUGGCAGGGAUACCAGGGCGAGAACAAAGGUUUCCUUGUCUGCAAGAAAAAGAUGGCAUCUUCUCCGGAAACUCUUUGCUGCUUCUGCCCUGCUCCAUUUAGGCACUUUGUGGAAUAUGUUGUGAACUUGAAGUUUGAUGAGGAGCCUAACUAUGCCAAGUAUAUCUCCUUAUUUGAUGGAGUAGUAGGUCCAAAUCCGGACAUCAGGCCAAUCAACACUGACGGUGCACAGAAGCUUAUAUACCAAGUUGGGCAGAAAAGAGGAAGAUUGACAAUGGAAGAAGAUGAUGAUGAACAGCCGAAGAAGAAGGUUCGUAUGGGAAUGCCUGCAACACAAUGGAUCAGUGUUUACAAUGCUCGUCGCCCAAUGAAGCAGAGGUAUCACUAUAAUGUUGCUGAUAUGAGGCUAGCUCAGCACAUUGAGAAAGGAAAUGAAGACGGGCUAUUUAUCAGCAGUGUGGCAUCUUCUUCGAACUUGUGGGCCCUAAUCAUGGAUGCAGGGACUGGGUUCAGUGCCCAAGUUUAUGAAUUGUCUCCUUUAUUUCUUCACAAGGAAUGGAUUAUGGAGCAAUGGGAGAAGAAUUAUUAUAUUAGUGCCAUAGCUGGAGCUAAUAAUGGGAGCUCAUUAGUUAUCAUGUCAAAGGGUACACAGUAUCUGCAGCAAUCAUACAAAGUCAGCGAGUCUUUUCCAUUUAAGUGGAUAAACAAAAAGUGGAGAGAGGGGUUUUAUGUAACUUCCAUGGCAACUGCAGGAGGUAGAUGGGCAAUUGUUAUGUCUCGUGGGGCUGGGUUCUCUGAUCAGGUGGUGGAACUAGAUUUUCUCUAUCCUAGUGAAGGGAUCCAUAGGAGAUGGGAUGCUGGCUAUAGGAUUACAUCGACUGCAGCCACACUUGAUCAAGCUGCUUUUGUUUUAAGUGUUCCAAGAAGGAAACCUGCAGAUGAAACACAAGAGACACUUCGUACUUCUGCUUUUCCUAGCACUCAUGUCAAGGAGAAAUGGGCAAAAAAUCUUUACCUUGCAUCUGUCUGUUAUGGGAGAACUGUUUCUUGAGGCACCCAGGUGUCUGCCUGCCUGUGGCCUGAUGUGGUAGGUGCAGAAAAUGAUAGCUGCUAGUCCUGAUAUUAGUUGUUACCGAGUAUUCGUGGAUGAACUUAAAUUUGUUACCCGGAAACCCAUGUUUAGAUGUAGAGUGGCCCUGCUUGCAAAUGCAAUCCUAGCCCCUUUCUAGUCUUGAGGUGUCUUUGUAUUUAGGUGACCCCAUGUCAAUUUUGGUAUGCACGGUUCUGUGGUGUGCAUAGAUGAUUCCUCUAGCUACAUCUGUUGAUCAGCAUGAGCUGCUUUUGCUUCCCAGCUUCAGAAUAUUUCAAGGUUCUAGGUUUGUUCUGCAUCAAACUGGUGUGCGGGUGGCACACUAGGAUGGAGCUCAGGUCGGUACUUGGUAGCUAUUGCACUUUGCUUUGUGGAAGGAUUGAUGUCUUGGCAUUCAAAUGUUGGUUUAGUGGUACAAAAAAGUGGGUGCAAACUUUGGCAGUUUCUUACUAUCUACCUAGUCAUUCCUUGUAUGUGCUGAUUGGAGAUGACAAGUAGUUGGUGUUGGUGGAAUAAUUGAGGUAUAUUGAAGUGGGUUAGAGUGAGGGGGUGGGGGAUGAUUCCUUUCGGAGAAUUUUGAGCUGAUUAACCAGGCUGUGGACGUGUAUAGGUAGCUUAGGAUCCAAAUUGGACUCAUACGUGUAACAAAUAAGAUAACAAAAGCAGCAACACUUCAUUAACAAGCCAAUUUAGUUUCGGGAAAUUACUUGAUACCAAGUUAUUUUGGAAAUGAAAUUGCGUAGACGU